UUUUAAAAUAUAAAUUCGUUUUUAUACGUAUUAUCUUUUAUAAUGCUCAUAAAUUUAACAUGCAUUUAAUAUUUAAGGAGAAAUAUUUGAUGAAUUAUAGCAGAAUGUGCUGCAGAAGAUUGAAGAAAUUCUUAUAAAAUGAUAAAGAUCAAUGCUUUAAAUGAUAAAUCAGGAUCUGCAUCUGAUGGCAAUGAAGGCCAAGUUGUCACCACUAAGGAGGCACAGGAGGAAGCGGCUUAUUGCUUAUAUAAUAAAGCAUUAGAAUUGCAAAAGCAAGGAGAUAAAUUACAAGCUGAAGAAACAUUCAAAGAACUGUUACAAACGCAAUUUAUUUCUAAGGCUGCUCCAAGAGAAGAUGAAGAUGGCCCACUCUCUCCAGCUCACACGCUCAAAUAUUUGGCAUGUAAAAAUAUGGCUAGCAUUGCAGCAGAAAGGGAGGAUUAUAACACUGCCAUGGAAUCUUAUUUAGAUGCUAUCAAUAUUGAUGCCACUGAUGUUACUAUAUGGUACAAAAUGGGAUUAGUAGCAUUGAAACUACAUAAUUAUCCUCUUGCAAGAUUAUCUUUUGAAGAGGGACUUAAAUGUAAUCCAAAACAUUGGCCUUGUUUGGAUAAUGUGAUAACUGUGCUUUAUGUUUUAAAUGAUUAUGCUAAUUGUCUUUACUACAUAUCAAUAGCAUUAGAACGAGAAUGCUCAUAUAUUAAAGGAUUAACUUUUCGAAAUCAAAUUUACGAGGAACACGAUGGGCUUCGUUCAUAUUGCGAAGAUUUUUUUAAAAAAUGUGAUGAAUCUAUUUACAAAGCAUCUUUUGAUAAAUCUGAAGGUCAAAAGUUUAUAGAUGAAGCACUAACUAUGAGAGAGAAAAAACGGGAAUUAUCGAAAUCAUCGCCACUUCCGGAAUUAAAAUUUAAACAACCUCUAGUCGAAUUUAAAUGGAAACAGUUAGGCGAAAGGUUGAUAUCUAUGUACGAUUAUAUUCUGAAUUCAAAUCCGAGAAUUUCUUUUGGAUGUAGACUCAACUUGGCAACGUAUUUAGAAACUCUUGAGAAACCACUGCCAGAAACAAAACCGGAACAGGAAAAAAGAUCGUCGUCACCCGCUACCGUUUCGUCGUCGUCCGAAGCAUACAGCAUUCCUUUGGCUUCUCCCGCAUCGGUCCCAACUUCCCAGUCUAGUCAAGCAUUACAGUUGUGUUCUCAAGAAAAAGUGACUUCAACGGGAGAAAUAUCGAUAUUAAUGGAAACAGAAGAAACGCCGAUCGGUUGCGUUGUAACCACUGCGACAAGUACAGAAAUUAGAACCGUACACUCGGAAAGUACGUCGUGCCUAGAGAGAGGUCGCAGGUGUCCUCAGAAACGAGGACCGAAACGUAAACGGUUAAUUAUGGAAAGUAUGGAUUCUGGAAUCAAAAGAAGAUCUGCUAGAGUAAGAAAUACAUUGAAGAAACAUCAAGAAAACACUUGUGUGAAUUAUCAAGAUCUCUUGAAGAAAUUUCUUCCACCAAGUCUUAGUGAUGCAAGGGAAGAACUAGAUGAGGACGAACACGUUCCUCCCGCAAAUGAAAUAGGAACCAGCACGUUGACAAUGGAAGGAAAAGAACCAAAUCAGCAUGAUGGUGAUAAAAAUGCAAAAACAGUUAAUUUGCUAAGUUCUACGGAAGUAGAUGACGUGAAGAAAUUUCUGUCCGAUAAUCAAAAUAACGGUGGGGUGCUUGACGUUUUAUAUAAAUAUUUAAUUGAAUUGAGUGCGAGAAGUGAUUUGGUGUGGCCACAAGGUUUGGUUGAUAUUUAUCUAUCGGCAUAUACCAGAGCUAGGGAACAUUAUACACUGCCUUCACUUUUUUCGGAAAGUACAGAUGUGGAAUCAAUUAAAGAUCAAGGCUUGAUGACUUUAUUGUACAUGGAACUCAAAAUCGACAAAUGGCAUAACAAAGGACAUUCGUCGACGCCUAAAGGAACCGGUCAACACGGAUCCGAACUCCUGGACAAAUUCUUUAUGGAAGAUCUUAAUUAUUUGUUCCACAUCUCCAUUUUGAAGUGUGUUUUCGGAGAUUAUUUAACGAGUUUCAUGAUUCGAGCUCUUUGGCUGAAAGGAAAAUUUCAUUCGUUCGAUGGGGAUAUAGAUGUAGCUGUUGGCUGUUUUGAUCAGUUAUUAAACGUUUUACAAGAAGCUGAAGAAGAAAAUAAAGCUGCCAAAAAAGAGAAUUUAUUGAAUUGUACAACAAUGAAUGUUAUAAGUACAGAACACGUAAGGGAACAAUUAGAAUUGCUACAAUGCUGCCAAUCUCUAGAAGAAGUACACAAAUUAUACGAAAAAGGCGAUUUCCAGGCAGUCGUCGAUCUGUUAGUUCCUACAUUCCGACAAGCCCAAACCAGAAGAAAGAUAUCUAACGACGGUAACGUUCCCGAACGUUACGCCCAGCUCUGUUUAUUGCAAGAUUCGUUAUGGAAAUUGAAAAAUUAUCAGGAAUGUCUUACUUGGGGAGAAGUAGCAUUUCACGAAGCCCUGAAUCAGUACAUGACCGUCAUCACGGCUACCGAAAGAACGGUUUGGGCAGAAACAAUGAGUCAUCUGCUGGCGGGAUUAAAUAGAUGUGUAACUUUGGAUGAAAAGCUAUUAGAUAAAAUGGAAAAAUCAAAAUUAGUAAGAUUUGCCAAUAAUUUGAUUAGUUUGAUAUCUCUACAAAUGAUUGUUGCUGAAACUAUAUUAGAAAGUGACAUUCCAAUUGUAUCACCGUGGAUUCUCUUGUAUAUAUUGAUCAGACGGGAGGAACUAAAGAUUCAAGCUGCUGAAGCUAACGACUCCAAAGAUGCAAAGAAAUUGAUAACAGAUACGAUUGCCAAGCAGACUCAACAGGAAGGAGAUUUUGCAUUAGGAAUGCCCUCGUCUUUGAUGUUGUUGUUUACUGCGCACGAGUGUCUCGGCCGUUUUGCUUGGUGUUCGGGUUCGGACGGAGCACUGUUGUUACUUUCGGUAGACGUCAUGUCUUCAGAACUACAAAAGUCGACGCCUUCGAAUCCAAACCCUUUCCGAGAAGAUUUAGAAUCUGGUUUAGAACAGUGUUUUUAUUGUUUGUACGGUCAUCCUAGCAAACGUACAAAGGCAAAACAUCUUCAAGAACACAAUGCUCAAAUGAUUACACUAACCUGGGAACGUAGUUUUCUGUUGUUUGAAUAUUUUAAACCAAGUGUUCUUCCAGAAUUUGACAGUUACAGAACAAAUACCGUUUCUGCAGAAUUGGAAAAUCUUUUACGUCGCAUACUUGCUCUAAUCCCUGCCGACGAAGAUCCGUCGUCACGAGUAGAUGCGAUUACCGCUUACAUAGAAGGAGGUACAGAUAAAUGCCCUGUUUUACCUGAUGAUAAGAAUCCCAGUACCAUAGUCAAAAGUCUCUAUUAUUUAUUGGGAGAUUAUUAUUUUAAAAAUAAAGAAUUUGGGAAGGCAAUAAAAUUUUACAUCUUGGACAUCUGCGUCAAUCCCGACCGCUUUGAUUCUUGGGCGGGAAUGGCUCUUGCCCGUAGCUCACAAUUAGAGCAAAAGUUGAGUUGCUGUGAUCUGAAGAACGAGGGAUCAAUUUACAGAAAGUCAACAUCCGCUCUUCGUUGUUUCAAACAUGCUCUAGAACUCGAUUCUACCCACACUUCUCUGUGGAUAGAAUACGGUUCGAUUGCUUACAUGCUUCAUUCGCACACUUCUCGGCAGCUGAAACAGCAAGCUCAGUUUAAUUUCGGAGAAGAUGUGUUGGAAUUACUUCAUAGGAAAAAGAAGGAAAUGCUGGUAAUUGCGGAGAACUGUUUCCUUUCAGCAAACAGUUGCGAAAUCGAGGGCGUGGAAUUGGAGGAGGUGUGGUUGCAUCACUACAUGUUGGGGAAAAUAGCAGAAAAGAAACAAGAGCAUCCAAAAAUUUAUUUGGAGCAUUAUAAACAAGCCGCAAAAUACUUACACGAAGACGAAGCGAGAUAUCCCAAAAAAAUUCACUAUCAUAAUCCUCCGGAACUCUCAAUCGAAGCAUUGGAGAUAUAUUAUAGAAUUCAUGUGUCAAUAUUAAAGUAUUUAUUCAAACAAAAAGACGAUGCGGUUCCUCAAGAUGAUUUAGAAAUUUUUCAAACGUAUUUAACAGAAGCAGCAAAUAGUCCUUUUGCUAAAUUUCAAGAAAAAAGAGAAUUGGAAAGAGAAAGUCGAUACACUUCUUUAAGUUCAUCAGAAGCAGAAGAGUCAUUGGUUGGAGUUUCCGUAGCAAAGAAAACUCGAAAAGCUGCCACUGUUGCCAAUGAUCAUGAUUACUUUCAAGGUCAAAGACAUACUCAUGGAUAUAAGCCAGAAAGUGCAAUGCAGAGAGGACACCGUGUUUCUAUCGAUUCUUCCUCGGAGUCGCAAGAUUCCGCUGCUGUUAAAGACGUGCUGAAUUCCAUAGUGGCAGUAGUUUCUGAAUCUUGUGUGUUUGGCGAAAGCCACAACGGUCCGACUCUCGUGCUCGGCGACCACAAGAUUCGUAAGAUGGUACCCAAGAAAGAAGAAGUGGUCAUGACUCCUGUAAUAUUAACUGCAGACUCAAACGUAUCGAAUAGCGAUCAGAUUCAAUUUCAACCGAAACCUUUAACGAAUAAAAUAGAUUUUAGAAUGGACAAUCCUUUAGCUUCCAUCUUGCAAGAAAAGUCGCCCAUUCUGACAGAAAUACCAGUCUUCCAGAGCGAGAAUACCGUCAAAGUACAAGAAACCAUAGAAGAAUUCCUACUUCCGAAAAGAAAACUCGAACAAGACGGCGAACAACUGUUGACUCCAGUCAAAGAAAUUAUUAAAAAUUUAGAAAACAUCACGGAUAUUAAAAAAAUACCGGAGAACAUGGAAUUAGAUAACGAGAAAGUUCCAAACGAAUUAAAAAUAAUCAUUAUUAAAGACGAACCAGAACCGAAACGAAUUAUAGAUGUUGUAGAGAAACAGCCGUUAACAAAGAAAAAGAUUGUCGAUCAAUGCCUGAAAGGGGUAAGAAAUUGUUUGCAGCGAUUCACACAACACUACAAAUCUCUGUAUCGCCUUUCUCACUAUUAUUGUUACUCUGCGGAAGACAAAAAGCUCCCGUUAUCUCGCGAGAUACUAUUGGGAAUUCCCGCAGGACAGAGCUUCUCCACGAUUGGUCAUCAGGGACUGUUCGCAGAGAGAAAAAAUACAAACUUCUUUAAUGGAAUAUGGAGGAUUCCCAUAGACGAAAUAGACAGACCGGGAAGUUUCAGUGCCCACAUGUAUCGUUCUAUUGUUUUGCUAGUCGAAGUUUUACAUCAAUUGAAGGACCAUGUCAUGCUCCUUCAUCUGACGGUGCAGCUGAGUAGAAUUCCGGAUCUCGGAAAGAAAUAUUUACGAGAUACCGAUCGCACUCAUCUAGCCAGAGAUACAUUUACCAAAUGUUUAAACAUUCUACGCGAUCAAUUAAACAGCCUCAUGCAGGAAGAACCUCCGCCAGAAGAGGGACGACUGAUAACCUGCCUCCUCGACAUAUAUCGGACAUGGCAAAGCCUACAGAAGGCUGCGGUCUUUCCGGAAUUGGCGAACGAAUUGUUGGAAGAGGCUUACAGGAUGUACAAGUUGGGGGAGGUCGAUCGCAGUCCGCCGGUACUCGACCAAGCAAUCAGAUUUUGCCAACUACAGCAGUUGAAACAGAUCAAUUCACAGACCAUGCAAGACUUGUCUCGCAAUCUCCUGAUCUCCGGAAUUUUAGUUAAGCCCACUGAGAAUAUAACAGAUGGCUUGGCCACGUCAUACACUGCCAUCAACAGUACAACGAUUACUCCUCCUAGAGCCAUUGAUGCGGGGCAGACAGAAUCUCUACGCAUCCUUUCGGCGAACGACCAGAACUUGGAGGCUUUGGCCACGCUUAUUGUUUCCCAGAAUUCUACUCUGUCUCUGACUUACAUUUCUUCGGUGGAACUGCAGUCGAACGAGACCGUGGCCUCUCAGUCCCGGACUCCCAUCGCCGAUCUUGGCCGGGCACACGCCAAAAGUCUCUCGCCCUACAUCACCUAUCCGGUGGUGCUGCCGGAGGCAGGGACUGCGCGUUCGGUCCCUGAUUCGUUUCCCACCACCAGCAGGGGAACGGGCAGUUACGUCAUGCCCCAGAUGCACUUCAACGUGAUGAGGAAGAGAUGGCAAACUCACGGGGGAAGAAGGCACAGGUUCGGAGGUGUUCCCUCCACCCUCACGAGGCUUCCCACGUCCGUCCCGUCCGGGCACGGAAGCGGGGAGUCGACUCUGCCGUUCGUUCCAGACACGCAAAAACGAGACUGCAGACACAUUAAUCUUUCCAUGCAGAAAAACUAACUGUGGAGAAUAUAGAAUGAUUAUGUUCGCAAGUACAGUGCCUUCCUGUUUGUAAACCAAUGGAUCGGAUUCUGAAACUGACUUAUUUGAUUUUUCUAUUUCUUGAGUUUUACAUGUUCUGUGUGUACUUAUAAGUGCAAUAAAAUAGUUUUCAGGAGCA